AUGGCUUUAGCUAUUGAAGUUUCCACAAAUGUCACUGAAUUCCCUUAUGAGAAGAGAUAUCCUUCCACAAUGAAACUUGAAGAUUUUAAGUUAAAAUUAGAGCUUAUUGUUGGCGCAGAGGCUAACAAGCUCAGACUUGAACUUUUUGAUAAAGAUGGAAAGCUCGUUAAAUCACUCACUGAAGAUGACAAGACUCUGGAAGAACUCGGUAUUAAGUCUGGGAUGAGAGUUCAUGCAGUUGAUUCAACUGGAGGCAAUGAAGAGUUAAAAGACGAUAGCAUGGUAGAGAAAUAUGAAAUGAGUGAUGAAAAAUACUCACAAAGAACAGACAGUGUUCGAGAAUUCAAAAAAAAAAUGAUGGCUUCUCAGAAAGUUCAAGCCAACGAUAGUACCGCAAAAGCGGCCAAUGAUGAAGCUGUGAAGAAAGUAACGGUAGGAUCUCGAUGUGAAGUGAGAAUACAAGGACAAAUGGAACGCAGAGGAGAAGUCAUGUUUGUUGGUCCCACAAAAUUCAAAGAUGGUGUAUGGGUAGGAGUUAAGUAUGAUGAACCAUAUGGCAAGCAUGAUGGAAAAGUCGAGGGUGUUCGGUAUUUUGAAUGUAUGGACAAGUACGGAGGAUUUGCCAGACCAUCAAGCGUGUUUUGCGGUGAUUUCCCACCUCUUCCCAUUGAUGACAUGGAAGAGUUCUAA